AUGGCGCGCUCUGCUGGUUUCAGAACGGCGUGCUUGACAUUAGCCAAUGUGCUGCUCCCGAUCGCGGUACUGGUCUUCGCGACGGGCUUCUUUCCUUAUAAACCUGUCCUGCCAGGUCUAGCGACAUUCGACGACAUUGAGGUUGCCUCUACUCCACCAGUCUUCGAUCGCGUGGUAUUCAUGGUCGUGGAUGCGCUCAGAAGUGACUUCGUCUACGGCCACAACUCUGGCUUCGACUUCACACAGAGCCUCAUCCGCGAUGGUGCCGCGAUCCCCUUCACAGCACACGCAACACCACCCACGGUCACAAUGCCUCGCGUCAAAGCACUAACCACAGGCUCCGUCCCCUCUUUCCUCGACCUGAUCCUCAACUUCGCCGAAUCAGACACCUCCUCCUCCCUCGCCAACCAAGACACCUGGCUCGCCCAGAUCCGCGCAAAGGGCGGCAACCUCAUCUUCUACGGCGACGACACGUGGCUGAAACUCUUCGAGUCCGGCCAGACAGGCGCUGGCAAGGGACAGUUCUUCAGCAGGUUCGAUGGGACGAGUAGCUUCUUUGUUUCGCUGAGUAUAAACGUUUUUUCGUUCUUGCAGGAUUUCACAGAAGUUGACAAUAACGUUACGCGUCAUGUCCCCGAGCAGCUGGCGGAGAGUGAUUGGAAUGCGAUGAUUAUGCAUUAUCUGGGUCUGGAUCACAUUGGGCACAAGACGGGACCGCAGGGACCGAAUAUGCUGCCGAAACAGAGGGAGAUGGAUGGGAUCGUGAAGACGAUCUAUGAGACGAUGGAGAAAAAGCCGCGUUUGGAAGAUACACUGCUGGUAUUGGCCGGCGACCAUGGCAUGAACAAUGGUGGGAAUCAUGGGGGCAGCGGACCUGGUGAGACGGAGCCUGCGCUGCUGUUCGCCAGCCCCAAGCUCAGAAAGAUGAAAAAGAGCAGGGAGUAUGAGUGUCCUACACUGCCGAAGGAGGGCACGGAAUUUCACUACUAUACGAAGAUCCAGCAAAGCGAUCUGGUACCGACGCUGGCUGGAUUGAUGAGUCUGCCAAUUCCGAGGAAUAGUUUGGGAGUCUCUAUACCCGAAUUGACAGGUCUGCUGACGCAGGAUGAGACCUCUACCACUGGGCUCUUGAAGGAGGAAGGUACGACGGAGCUCUUCAAGAGGAAUACGAAGCAGACUCUGGAAAUCAUCGAGGCUACAUACGGAGCCGAGUCUUUCAGGUCGAAGGUCGCCAGCUUCGAGCCGAAGAACAUGCCCUCGAGCGACAUCUGCACGGAUCAAGACGAAGGUGAACCUCGCCUUGCCUGUCUGUGGGCGUACGUCGAGAACCGACUGGCGACAGGAGAGAGCUGGCGCAAUACUGCGAGACGGCAUGCUGCAAUGUUGGCUUUCCUUCUCGAAGCGCAAGAAACGCUCAGCGGCACUGCAAGCUCCUACAACAUCCCACGCAUGGUUGUUGGAAUGUGCCUCAGUGCUACCAUCGUUGCUCUAGCCCUAUCCUCCUUCCCGUCGAUCUGGCCUCCUACUACAGCAGGAAUGUUCUUCGCCACGACAAGCGUUCUUUACGGCAUCAUGAUGUUCGCCAGCAGCUAUGUUGAAGAAGAGCAACAAUUCUGGUACUGGCUCACACCCUCCUGGUUCAUCAUCCUCGGAGCCAAGAACACAAGCAAGUUCAUCGACCACAGAGCACGUCUCAGGCUCGCCCUCGCCGUCUUCGCCCUUCUCGCCGUUCACCGCUUCUGUAUCCGCUGGAACCAAACUGGCCAGAAACAUGCCGGCGCCGAAGACAUUGUGCAUACUUUCUUCCCGCGGGAACACGUCGCCAUGUGGGUGCUUAUUCUGGCUGCUUACGUCUACAAUGGAUUUCAAAUGGUUCCGAAGACGUUUGGCGGAAUUUUGGCGCCGGAGGUGGCGGUCGUGCUCGUUGUGGCCAUGACUCUACCGGCGAUUGUGUUUAAGCUGAAUUUCACGCAGGCUGAUGCGCCGGAGCUGGUACAUGGACUCGCCUACAGGAUCAGAAACUGGACCAGUCAAUUCGACUUGGUGCUGCAGGCGAGGGUGGUUUUCUUCGUGCUGGCGUUGUGUACGGUCAUUGUGGUGGUACUUUCGGUCUUGAGCUAUCGGGAGGCUGGGGCGAGGGAGAAAGGGUUGCUGCCGAGUUUGGCGGAGAGGUUGCAUUACCUCCUCACGCUGUUCCUGAUGACGCAGACAAGGGCGCCAAAUAUUCCGCUGUUCCUGGGGCUGGAAGUACAGAGAGAGGCGUUGGGGUAUAUUCUCUUAGGCGGCCAAACCCCGGGGAAACGGCCUGUCACGGAAGUUGCGAUGACAACACUACUCCUCAGCCACUCCUAUUACUUCUGCAUGGGCGGCUCGAACUCGAUCUCCAGCAUCGACCUGAGCAAUGCAUACAACGGCGUCGCAGACUACAACAUCGUCGCCGUGGGCGUACUCCUCUUCGCGAGCAACUGGACGGGUCCGAUCUGGCUCUGCAGCGCUGCGAACCUCUUACUUUCAACCAAACCAGCAUCGGCGAAGCAGGCCAAGGACAGUAAGAGCUGGAUCGACGAGGAGCGCAAGAAGCUACACCAAGAUACGUUGCGGAGCACGAUGGGACCUCAAAAGGUUGAGAAAGAAGAUGGAGGGGUGUGGAUGCAGUAUAUCUCGCACAUGACGGUGUUCAUUGGGGCGAGUUUACUGGCUGUUAUGGCGGCUUGUACGGCGCUCCGCACGCAUCUGUUCAUCUGGACGGUCUUCAGCCCGAAGUAUCUUUAUGCUAUGGCGUGGGCUGUUGGGUGGCAUUUGUUGAUCAAUGUUGGGGUGGGAAGUGCGUUGAGGGGGAUGGGAGGGGUGAAGUAG